ACAAAUAUUCACUACUUAUUAGUAUUAAUUAAACUAAUAGAUAAAAUACACAUUAAUUUAACACUUUUGGAAUCAAAAGCUUGCUGAUGGAAUGAAUAGAAUAGAACAAAGAGCAAAAGAAAUAUAUAGGGAAUUUUUUUUUUGAAAAACAGACUGAUUUUAUAGUUCAUACAAAUAUACAAUUGAUAUGUAUGUUUAGUCCUUCUAAAAGUAAAUGUACAACAAAAGAAUUAUUCAACAUUACAAACAGACCCAGCUACCGUUGACACUAAACAUAGCUGAUUUGCAUUAGCUGCAGCCACAUUGGUGUGGUGGUCAGCUUGUUCUGACUGAACUGCCGAUUUCACUGCAUAAAAACCUUGCGUCCACACAAAGCAACUAAAGAUCCCAUUGUGUGUUAUACAGUUAAAGAGAGAGACCUACGACACCUACCUGUGUAGUAAAGCAAAUCUUAAUUAAUUGUGUGUGGAAAUAUUUUAGAGAUCCCAUGCAAUGUGUGUGCAAAUACUUGGAGCAUGAUUAAUGGAAUUUUUAAGUUGAAGUUCUUAACGGAAUAUAAGAAACCAUCUUUUAACUUUUAAAUAAAAAAGCUAAGAACCGGUUCUUAAAUAUCAAUUUCUUAUAUUAUGUUAAGAACCUUACCUAAAAACUCACAUUAAUCAUGCUCUUAAGUUUUCAAUAAAAAAUAUGCGGAAAAGUUAGGUUAAAGUUAGAGAGCCGACGCCAUGUGUGUGUAAUAUUUUUGUUUGUUUUUCACAACUACUAAUCACUGACUAUUUGAUAGGAUAUCAUAUCACUCUAUUUGUUUUCUUUGGGAUCUCUGAUUAGAUCUUCACUGUACGUGAUCGGUGAUAAUACUUAUAUGCAUAUAUUGUGGAGUAAUACACACACAACAACACAAGAGAGUACCAAAGAAGGCAGCGUAAGUUAAUCAUGAGCGAGUUUUGGGAAGUGAUCUAAAAAGUAUAACCUGUUUUACAUAUUUCAGUUAAUAAAAUUCAAUUUCAGUUAAUUUUAUAACAACCAUUUUUAAAUAUCGGACACUCAUAAAAACUGGAGUUGGAAGUUAUUUGAUGAAAAAAAAACAUCGACUCUAUUUUCUUAUUUAUUAUUUAUGAGUUCCAAAUUUAAUUAAACUUGACUUCGAUUGGUUAGAUGAGUUCCAUUCCAAUUUUUUCUUGUUUUGUUGAUUUUUUCCCAUUUUGUGAAUUAACAAUUAGCUUCCAAAAGGAAGACAGCCACAUAUGUUUUGUCCCUUCUUCUUCCCUUCACUCAUUUUGCUCCUGUAAUCUUGAUUGUGCACUUGUCCAACCAUAUCCACUCACAAUUUGUUUUAUUUACAACAGAAUCACAAAACAUCCCAAAUUAGGAGGAGUGAAUUUCUUUUCUUUUUCUAAAAAAAUAAUGGCAAGUCACAUGUGUAAUAUUCAACAUGAUCUUGAAUUAGAAACUGAUUGAAUGAAUAACCAUGAUUUGUACGGUAACAUCAACCGGACACUUGAACAUUGACGCAAAAAAUAUACUAUUGAACUUAUGUCAUUCAUUUAAAUAUCAUUAGUUUUAUAUUUUCAUUGACUGCUUGUGUGUGACAUAUAUUACAAUAUCGUACUAUUAUCAGUGCAUAUAAAAUAUAAGAGCAACAUUGUUUUUAAAACAUAUGAUAUGCAUUAUAUGACACGUUUCCGAUACUGGUGAUUUUGUACAGGAGAUCAGAGGGAUUUUGCUUAAUGUGUACUUAACUCUCAUAUACAUAGUUACCAUAUUUCAACUAUAUUAUAUAGCUCAAUAGGGAUAACUAGAAGUUUAUUCUAAAAAGUUAUUCUCACCCUAAUUUAUAAGACAAUUGUCAAGAGAAGAAAAUUCAAAAAAAUUGUGAUGGGACCAAAAAAAAUAUAACCCUUGAACCAAAUCCAAAUACAAUGAUCAGCUAAUGAUUAUAGCUAAUGAUAUAUGUUGUAUAAAUUCAUAUUUGAAAUCGAUUGUAUGAUUUGUUUUGACCACAUAUCACCUGUACAUGCAAAUCCAUGUGGUUGAUGAAUUUACACGACCAGCCGAAAAACAAAACAAACUUCUUGUAAUUUCCAACUAAAUCUCCACCACUAUCUAGGAGCUUCAUUCACAUUCCACCCUGUCAUUUUUUCCCAUAAAUACGUUGCAUAACCUCACUUGGUUCUCUUAUAUUUCUCAAGCUAAAUAAUCACUUUAAAAAAAAGUAAAAGGAUGUUAGAAGGGAAAGCAGUGAUGGGUGAGACAGAUAUGAAGCAAACAAUGAAGGAAGAUGCUCUUAGUUUGGCUGCCAAAGCCCUUGAUUGCUUUGAUGUCACCGAACCCACUCAAAUCGCCCGUUUCAUCAAGAAGGAAUUUGAUAGAAAAUACGGAUUGGGGUGGCAGUGUAUUGCGGGGACGCAUUUCGGAUCGUUCUUGACUCAUUGUAGUGGCUGCUUCAUCCAUUUCUCCGUUGGCAACCUUACCAUUUUACUCUUUAAGGGAUCAGCUGGUGAAGUAGCGUCCGGACCAACAGUCUAACCAGUUCAGACAUAUUGUGAUAAUAAUCAAGUCUAUAUUUGGAUCUAUUUAGUGUUAAAUCAAAAUGCAUUCUAGCAUUUUCAGUCAUUUUCAAUCGUUGUUCCGGUUUGUACUUAACAUUUUUCUGUUUGCUUUUGGAGUAAGAAAGAAAAAGAAGAAAAAAUGUUGAAACUAGUCUUUGCAUUGUGAUUUUGAUUUUGUAAGUUUUGCACAUAAGUUCAAAAGCAGACUGGAUUGUGAUUACUA